AUGUACUUCGUCUGUAACAAUGAAAAACCUGGAAGAAACCAGGACACAAUACAUCCAGUCGCUCACUCACUCACUGACUGGGCCCUCACUCACUCACAAUACAUUCUCUGUCAUACAUUAGCGGUCGGCCGAGAUCCGGUGACAACAACGCCUAAUGUACCAACAUCGAGAACCAAAAAAACACCAAACAACCAAAGAGUUCCUAUACAUCUCACAUCUGACAAAUUUUCAGUCAACAAUACCGUACAAGAUGAUAUAAGGGUUAAACGGAUAAAAUUCUACAAUCAUAACUUGACACUCGGCGAACUAUCAGUGGACCGUGUGAACCGCGACUAUGUGCUUUAUGUGGUGGUGUUAAGGUGCACGAGAUACAUCGGUCGCUCUCCACUCUACUCCCAAGCCUUCCUCGGCAUCCACCUGUCGCCUGUUCUCACGUCGCGAUCGGCGCAUCUGACACCAGAGAUUGGUAACCAGAUAGGAUCCGCGGAUUCGCCGUCACAAUACACAAUUGCCUUUUAUGCCUCUGAGUGUGCGCCGCCGACGCGAACCCAUUAUACUCUUAAAGCACAGAACGAACUGAUUCGUUAUAGGAGAGAACUUAUUUUGCAUCGGCAGAGAACAGAUCGGGCGGUACGAUCAAAGACAGCGGCGUCUCGAUCGGGAAAAGGCAAAACCAAUUGUGUGACAGCGCGGAGCGGCCGUUAUUACGAGCCUGGAGAUGAGGAGCCGCUGGUGGAGGGCCGACUGCGGACUGGCGGACCGGCGCUAACGAUAUGA